AUAUGUGUAAUGCAAAGUAUCAGGUGAUGAGGGAGGGAGACAGGCCACACCCUCCUGGGGGAUCGUAUACUGUGGGUAAACAGGAGCAGUCUCCACAGUCACAGCACUGACGACUGGUUGGGAUGAUCUCCACAACAUCCAGCACUGCAGACAUGGUUACCCAAGGAAAGCUCCAGAUCACCACCAUGGACAAUGUUGAAGAUAAAAACUCAGGACGACUGGGAUGUUUUGGCUGGUUGCUGGUCCUCGUAUCCCUCUUAUUUAUUAUUGUAACCUUCCCUCUCUCCAUAUUCAUGUGUCUUAAGAUAGUGAACGAGUAUGAGCGCGCCGUCAUAUUUCGACUCGGGAGGAUCCUAGACAGGAAACCAAAAGGCCCAGGACUUUUCUUUGUCCUGCCAUGCACUGAUGCCUUUGUGAAAGUUGAUCUGAGAACAGUUUCCUUUGACAUCCCUCCACAAGAGAUUCUAACGAAAGACUCAGUGACAGUGGCUGUGGAUGGAGUGGUUUACUUUAGGAUAAACUGCCCCAUCUCCUCUGUGGCGAACGUAUCAAAUGCACACUCAUCGACUCGACUGUUGGCUCAAACCACUCUGAGAAAUGUACUCGGUACUAAAAACCUGGCAGAACUCUUAUCUGACCGGGAGGGCAUAUCGCUUAGCAUGCAGGAAUCUCUGGAUGAAGCCACUGAUCCCUGGGGUAUUAAGGUAGAGCGGGUCGAGAUAAAGGAUGUGAAGCUGCCCCAACAGCUGCAGAGAGCGAUGGCGGCGGAGGCGGAGGCCAGCCGGGAAGCGAGGGCGAAGAUCAUCGCUGCCGAGGGUGAAAUGAAGGCGUCCCGGGCCCUGAAAGAGGCCUCUCUGGUGAUUGCCGAGUCUCCGUCUGCGCUCCAGCUGCGUUACCUGCAGACCCUCAACACCAUCGCAGCCGAGAAGAACUCCACCAUCGUCUUCCCUCUGCCCAUAGAUAUGAUGCAGGCUUUUAUGAACAGCAAGUGAUUCAUCUCAUAUUAUUUAUUUAUUUAUUUAUUUAUGAAGAGCUUAUUCCAGGGGCAAUUUGUACCAGUAAAGGUGCAAUACAUUUAUAAGAUUUGCAUGCUCUUGUGUGCUUACAUGAUGUUUGCGUUGGGGACCUGUUGUUUGUUGAUAUUACAUAACUCUGUUUCUAAGGACUGUCCUACUUCCACAACAACAACCUGUUC